UCAUGAAAGCAAGAUGGCGAGUGGCUGAAAACAGUUUCUCUUCUCAGAAAAAAUGAUUUGCAGAGGCAAAUACGAUGAAAUGAGAUGUGUGCCUGAUCUCUCGUCGUUUGUUGUGAGACCAUGGCCAACAAAAAGAUCGACAUAAAUAGGUGCAGUGUAGAGGACCUUGAACAGUUACCAGGCAUUGGACGUCAUAAGGCUGAAGCUAUAGUAAAACAGAGGAAGGCUAUUCGAGGGUUUAGCUGUGUGAAUGACCUCCACAACAAAGUACCGGGAGUAGGGGCAUCAACAGUUGACCAGAACCGGGCACUUCUUGUCUGUGAAGUGACGACACCCAGAUCAAGGAGAACCAGCAGAGGUGGCAGGAGGACGCGUCAUGACUCAUCUACAGCAGCAGGGCCAGAGGUGGUGACUCCUUCCCCAAAACCAUCCUCCAGUGGAGUGACUCCACGUCUGGGGUCUCGCCAGGGCCUUAGACAGCGGUCCCGGGGAAGCCUUGUCCUGCCUGAAGUAGCCACCACAAGUACUGCUGCUGACAGUGUGGCAAGCCUCACUCCCAGGCAUGACGACACAAGUCGCAGUGCUGUAUUGGACUCGCUCAGUGACAGCCACAUGAGUGAUGAUGGAGGUUCUGGGGAAGAAGAAGGUGGCUCUGAUGAUGAGGAUGCUGCUGAGGAUGAUGAUGAUGAUGAAGAGGAAGAGGAGGAGGCCUGGUUUGGUGAUACAUUAUCAGACGAUGAGACAUCCCAGGAAAACACCACAUCAUUCCCAUUUCUCUCCGCCUCGUUACCUGUGUCCCUGGCAGGGUCAUCCUCCACAAACUCCGCCCCUGGGCCGUACCGCUCGCGUAUACCUAUCCCUAUCUCAGGAUCCUACGGCAAACACAUUAUGAAGCGCAAGUGCAGUAGCAGUAGAGACGAAUUAGUUCAAGGGAAACGUAUGCGGACAACGGACGAUGUCAGUGCGUUCUCUGUACUGAUGAUGAAGACCGUUCGUCACCAGUACAAAAGCGGUCAUCGACCACGUAUCCCAUCCAAGGAACAUCCACCUGCCAGACUGGCAGAAUGGCUUCAGAUCUUUCAGACAUGGAGCAAUGCAGAGCGUAUGAUGGCUCUUGAUGAACUUAUAACCAUUUGUGAACCGACUCAAGUUAGACAUAUGAUGCAAGUCAUUGAGCCCCAGUUCCAAAGAGAUUUCAUUUCCCUGCUGCCAAAAGAGUUAGCCCUGUAUGUGCUGUCAUUCCUUGAACCUAAGGCGCUACUGAAGGCGGCCCAGACAUGUCAGUACUGGCGCCUGCUGGCAGAGGAUAACCUUUUGUGGAGGGAGAAGUGUCGGGAUGAGGGCAUUGAUGAAAAUUUAGUUUAUGGACCCAACAGGAUACGGCGCAAGCGCUGUCCCUGGAAGGCCUUAUACAUGAGACAACAUCAAAUUGAACUGAACUGGAGAUGUGUAGAACUACGGCAACCCAAAUUAUUAAAAGGACAUGAUGAUCAUGUGAUAACGUGCCUGGAGUUCUGUGGGAAUAAAGUUGUCAGUGGAUCUGACGACAACACCCUCAAAGUAUGGUCAGCCCUAACAGGAAAGUGCCUGAGAACGUUAGUCGGCCACACGGGUGGGGUAUGGUCAUCACAGAUGUCUGGUAACAUUGUGAUCAGUGGGUCAACAGACCGCACACUUAAAGUUUGGAAUGCAGACACAGGAAACUGUAUACAUACCUUAUAUGGACAUACUUCUACAGUGCGGUGUAUGCACCUCCACGAUAAUGUCGUUGUGAGUGGGUCGCGGGACGCCACACUACGAAUGUGGGAUAUUGAUACUGGUCAGUGUCUGCAUGUCCUCAUGGGUCACGUGGCAGCAGUACGGUGUGUCCAGUAUGAUGGUCGUCGAGUGGUCAGCGGAGCUUACGACUACAUGGUGAAAGUCUGGGACCCGGAGACAGAGACUUGUCUACACACACUCCAGGGACACACCAAUAGGGUGUACUCUCUACAGUUUGACGGUAUCCACAUAGUGAGUGGUUCUCUGGACACAUCCAUACGUGUGUGGGAUGUGGAAACAGGAAACUGUCUACACACACUUAUCGGCCACCAGUCUUUGACCAGUGGUCUGGAACUCAAGGACAACAUUCUCGUGUCCGGUAACGCUGACUCUACAGUCAAAGUUUGGGAUAUCACCACUGGCCAGUGUCUACAAACAUUACAAGGCCCAAACAAACAUCAAAGUGCUGUGACAUGUCUGCAAUUUAACAAACGCUUCGUCAUCACGUCCUCGGAUGAUGGAACAGUGAAAAUAUGGGACCUUAAAACUGGAGAAUUUUUACGCAACCUAGUGGCUCUAGAAAGUGGGGGGAGUGGGGGUGUUGUGUGGAGGGUCCGGUGUAGUAAUACUAAACUUGUUUGUGCUGUAGGCUCUCGUAAUGGUACGGAGGAAACAAAACUGUUGGUGUUAGACUUUGAUGUUGAUGACAAAAAAAUCAGUGUAUGAGUUUAAAAUCCAUAUAGUGCUGCAGAGAAUCAUGCCAAAAGGACCUGGAUUGGGAUGUUCUCGUAAAUCUGUGGAGUAUUCUUCGGAUACAGUGUUAAUUUAAAUGUUCUUGUGAAUCUGUGAUCUAGUGGAACAAUGAGGAUAGGCCGUCGACCAUCUUUGUGAUAGUAAGAAGUUAAAACUGCAGUGCAUGUUAAUGAAUUCCCGGUAGUAUCAUGAAAGGAGUAAGUUGAACCCACCCCAGAAAUGCCAAAUAGCUGGCAGUUCAACUCCAUAUCUACAUGUAGGCUGGUCAGCCAACACCAUUAUGGUGAUGUGUUGUAAUGGUUAGAAGCAUGUGUUUGCAACAUGAGUGUGCAAGAUAAAGGCGAAUCAAAAGUUAAACUUUUCAGAGUAAUAAUUGUAUUAUUUUAAAACAAAAAUACACAUCAGUAGACUAUGUUGGUUAAUGGUUUUAACAAAUUGUGAGCAAACCACGUGUGGCUUUAACUAGUAGAUGUAUGUGUCUGAUUUGUAGGCUGGGCAGGGAAAAUGUUCAUUUCAGUUCUUUACAGCACAUAACCUACAGUCAAAUGGUAUAAAUAUUCUAGUGUUGACAUGCUAUUUCUGUAAAAUUUUAUACUUCAUGAAAAAAAUAUUGUGAGAGUACAUUCUGAUUAGCUGCAAAUCUGGAUGGGAGUCUGUGAAUUCAAAAGUGUAUGCAAAUUCUGACAACACAUCAUUUUGAUAAUUUGAUUAAAACCAAUGAUAUGUUUUUAACAGUUCCAUUAAUCCUUAGGUUAUUUCAAGCAAAAUCAUGGAAUAGUUUUUGGUCACAAUAAUGAAAAUCAGCAGGUUCAUUAUAAGAAAGAGUAACAAGUAAAUAAUAUAAAAGGUCCAUUACUGGGGUAACAAACACAUUGACAGGUCCACUAUAUAAUUACUGGGGUAACAAACUCAUGAAUUGGUCCAUCAUAAAUGGGGCUACUCCAGCCUGGGACCACUUUGUUUGAUGUCCGUGGGUAACAACUCCUGACUAGGAGACAUGACUACAGCCUAUAUUUGAGCAUGAUAUUUCAACAAGCAUGUUCUUCACUUUUUUUUUUUUUUUUUUUACUGAAUAUGUACUUGAAAACAGAGUUAAUAAAUGUAAAAACGAUAUGGAUGUGGCAGGAAUGGUUUAAAAGUGAGUGCUGGUAUUUUUGUCUCGCCAAAUGAUUGGUCGAUAUUGUGAAAUUUAAUCUAUGUGGUAACAUGAUAUCAUGAAUGUUUAUAUACAUUUAUAAGGACUUGUUGAGCAUAUUCUCAGGUGAUCUCUAAUUGUAAUGCUCAUUCUUCAUCAUUUUUAGUAACACUUCUAUAAAUAAAAGUACAAGUAUCUCCUGUUGGUUAUAUACAAGUUGCUUCAUCCUUCAUAUACAUUACUGAUUGGAUGUGAUUGCAGAGCUACUAACACAGUCUGGAAAAAAUUGACGAUUUGUUAUCCAAGUAUUUGUGUCGCCUGCAAUGCAUAGGUAUUACUUUGUGGGCGGCGUCAGUUGCGUCGUCCUAAACAAGGUUUCCGUGCGAUAACUUUAGUUCCCUUAGGUUGAUUGUUUUGAUGACUGUGUGAUGCACCAUCUGUCAUCUUCCUUAGAAGAGCUGUAUUUUAGGUAUCAUAUAUAUAAUUACUGAAUACCAGGAAAUAUUUGCCACAGUUUAACGGUUACCUUUUUAAUCUUACUUAAUAAGAGCAGAUUUAUCAUGAUGGCAAAUAUUAGUACACCAUAUACAAUGUAUUGUAUUAAAGUGUUUGUGAACGGUUAAUAUUGACCGAAUUGCGUGAAAGUUUCUCAGUGUACAGUACUUGACUUACUAUUCCUCAUACAACACUGGUAGAUUGCAUUGCAUGUAGUUUAAAGAAAUGGUCUUCUUUGUGAUAAACUUCGACUGCAAAUUUGAAUCUAAAUGUUGAAGACCCCGACUGGAAUAUUUCCUGAUACCAGCAGUUACCCAGUACUGUGCCUUCAGCUACUUUCAAGUGACAUUUCCCUGACCAUGCAUUUUUAAUAAUUAUUCAUCAUAUGCAGAUGUAGGCAAUGCGAAACUUCUAUUAUCAGAUGUAAGGAUGUGAUUGGUAGACAGGACAGGUCAUUCUGUUACUAUACUUUUAUUUGAAAACUCACAGCAGGUCAAUUACAAAACUUGCCUGAAAUCUGAAAAUGGCUGUCUUUUAUAAAUGCACUGCCGAGCUGAUGUAUUCUGUUGACUCAGUAAUGGUCUGACGUGUAAGUUAGGUGUGGCUGUAAGUUGUACGUUGUCUGUGUAUCUCCAGUGAUAUUGUAAUCCCUACUAGUCAUACUAAUCAGUCAAACCAUCUGUGUGUGUUCCUUAUCUUUUGUUCACCUUUCAUUCUAUGUAACAGCUUUCAGAGAUCCACUCUACUACACACUUGUGUAAAGGUAUCCUGUUGUGGUCAGUCAGAGAUCCACUCUACUACACACUCGUGUAAAGGUAUCCUGUUGUGGUCAGUAUUGUCUUAGCAUUGGACAACGUUUUGCACAGAGCAAUGUAUAACAUCUCAACAAGUGGAAAUAAUGUUAGAAAUUGAAGUAAAGUGUGGGAUCAAGUUUGUUGGAUUAGUUUUCGGCUGAUCAGUCAAAUUCCACUGUACCGCAGCAAUCAUCGGAAACACAAGUAUUUUAUUUUCUCAUGAUGAUGUUAACAACCUCAUUUCCUUGUGCAAUUUAUUUUUAAAUGUUUUGAUUGGCUUGGUGCCUUGUGUGUCACAAAUAAGUCAUGGAUGGAAAUUGUUUGUAUAACAGCAGAAAGCCCUUUGCUACUGCCAAGGUAUCAAGAUUUUAUGGAAAGUGUCUGUAACAGAGUAGGAAAUUUGUUCUUACUUCCAAUUUUUCCGGAAGAAAUUUUCCCAUUCUAGAACUUCCUGUUUUAAUUUGCAUGUUAUAGCAUGCAUCAUACUUCAGAAUUUGUAAUACUGGUUUGAGAACUCACUGUUGCGAUGUCUUCAAACCUUAGGGACAGGACACUCCGUCAACUGGUUGAUUUCCUGGUUUACCAAUGGUAUACACUUUAUUUGCUGCAGAAAGUUUGUUUAUAAAUUAAGAUAUUAUGAUAUUGUAAGAUCAGUUGUAAGUGUGUGUAUGUGUGUGUGAUUGCAAAUCAUUGCAGCAGGUGCUAUACUUUAUCACAUUUAUAACACGUUACUCAAUCCUCACAGACAUUUGUGAUCGUAUUGUCUGGGUUAUCACCUUUAUGUGUUACUCAAUAACUUUUACAAUUUAUUGGCAUUUUCUUUCUUUCAAAGAACUUCAACAAAUUUUGUUGACCAUUGUGAUGUCGGAUAAUCUCCACACUUUAGCCUCAAAGUGGCGUUUGUAUGGAGUUACCUAAAGCUUGUGACAGAUGUAGUGGUUAUCUACCCUUUUAUGUGAGCUUGUUCUCCGUGUGUCCAGCGACAUUUUGUAUAUAAAGGUGACUUUAUCAAUUUGUCUCUGAAGUGAUGUUUGAGUCUGUGAAGUUAUUUUCCCCCUGAAGUGAUGUUUGUGUAUACAAUGUUAUCUCAAUCCCAGUGUCUGUGUGUGUCAUUGUAUUUUAAGGUUGUCUACCCAUGUGUUUCCUGGGUGGAGUUUUUGAAUUAUGGGUUAUCUCCCUUACCUGCAUUACUACAGGUCGAUUUAUAAUAGUGUACGUGGUAUGUAUGUUGUGAUCGUUAAAUGUGUUGUGAUUUCAUUGUGUACAUCAAUGUUCCUUCAGGUUUUUGUCAUACUAUAUAGUAUUUGAGUUUUUUGUGAUUGAUUUUGGAAAGUAUGAAACCAAUAUAUGGGAGAUAAUGAUAAGGGAGAUGAUGGAUAUAUAUAUAUAUUAUUAUAUUAGAGGAAAGACUAACAUAGCCGAGGUGGAACACACUGGUAUAUCUACCAGGUAGGUCUGAGUCUGUAGUGCAACAUGUUGACAGGAGAGUAACCAAAUUUUAAAUAUCAUCUUCAAAUAACCAACCAUGUGCCAGUGUAUUGGUUUGAUAAUCUCUGUACAUAUGACUAAGUGUAUGACUACAUGGGUAUUGUGCAUGAAUGUGUGAACAACUGAGGUUUCAUAGAUUACUUAAACAGGAAAUAAUAUAGUUUAGUAUAUAAAAUAUACUUGAGGAGAAAGACCAUUGAUUUUACUUAUAUAUUUAUAGCUAACUCCUAUUUGUGAGUAACAGUCACCAUCCCUCAUAUAUGUAGUACUGCCUGGUACAUAGUUGUAUUCAAUAUGGUAUUUGACUAGUCAAACCACUGCACAACUGUGAGUAACAUUAUUUGCACUUUUAAGACUUCAUAAAAUAUUUGUCCAAGAGAUAAUUAAGAAAUAUCAAUUAAUUUAUUUCAAUGUAUUGAAUGUGGUUAAGAAAUUUCAAUUAAUUAAUUUCACUGUAUUGAAUGUAAUUAAGAGAUUUCAUUUAACAAAUUUCACUAUUCUGAAUGUAAUUUCAACAAAUUCUAUUCAUAAAUAUCACCAGAAUGCAAUUUAAAAGUUUGAAUUGAAUUUUUCAUGCACACAAACUUGUAAAAAAUGAUAUAAAAAAAUGAAGGUGAAGUAAUUUAGUGAAGGCAAGCAUGUUUCACUUGUAAUCUAUAUAUAUUUAGUACACUGAUUGUGAAUGUGUCCAGUUCCUUCAAGUGGCACAGCUCCCACUGAUGAGAGUUAUGUUACAGUGAUAUAGACGAGUCCUGAUGGUUCUGUGUGUUGUUUUAGCCCCUACUCACUUCUAACUAAAACAGGGAUGCUUAGUAUCACAUGAAGGAACUGUGUUGGCCACUCCACUCCAGAGAGUGACUAGCAGGGAAUGGGAUGGACUGUUUGGUGUGUGUGUGGUGUAUAAAAUGUGUACAUGUGUGUGUAAUGAUUGUGUGAUAGUGUACAGAUGACAGUGUCAGUGGUCAUAUCUGGUGUGGAUCCAGGUGGGGCAUCCACAUCACUCCUCAUCCCUUAUAGUCUAUCUGGAGUUAUGUCCUCAUACCCCUACCCCCUCCAAUGAGAUUUGUUUGGAGGGGGGUUGCUAUUAUCAUGAAAAAAAUAAUAAUAAAAAAGUGUGGAUUUGUAUUCAGAUGGAAAACUUUGGUUUUAACUUCAUAUCAGUAUUUUUUGCAUGAAGAGUGCUGAUGAAAAUUGUGGGUGCCCUCCUACAUAUAUAAAAUCCUAGAUCCACUCCAGUAUAUGACAGUAGCUGUAGCCAGAGAGGUACGUGAUACAUGUACUCUGGGUUUUCGCUGUAACAGUGAAUGAUGUGUAGAUUUAUAAAUGUACAGAUGUAAAAUUGUUGAGAAUACUUUGAAUGACGGAGAGUAUGUUAAAUAUAUUGUGUGGUAUCCAACUUGUACAAUAACUGUAAAAGGUAUAUGACACAGGAAAAACGAUACUGCAGAAUAAAAGUCACAACAAACACA